AUGGAGGCUUUUGGUGGGUUUGUAAUGGAUGAGCAAGCGAUUCAAGUGGAGAACGUCUUCUUACAGUUCCUAAAGAGUUUUCGAUUAGAUGCGAACAAGCCGGAGCUGUAUUACGAAGCGGAGAUUGAAGCGAUCCGAGGCGGCGAAUCGACGAUGAUGUACAUCGAUUUCUCACAUGUUAUGGGUUUCAAUGAUGAUCUCCAGAAAGCAAUUGCCGACGAGUAUCUCAGGUUUGAGCCGUAUUUGAGGAAUGCGUGUAAGCGGUUUGUGAUCGAAAUGAAUCCUUCUUUCAUUUCUGAUGAGACUCCGAACAAAGACAUCAAUGUUUCCUUCUACAACCUCCCUUUCACAAAGAGGUUGAGGGAGCUAACAACUGCAGAAAUAGGGAAGCUGGUGUCGGUGACUGGUGUGGUUACUCGAACAAGCGAAGUGAGACCUGAGCUUCUUUACGGGACGUUCAAGUGCUUAGAUUGUGGCAGUGUUAUAAAGAACGUUGAGCAGCAGUUUAAGUACACACAGCCUACGAUCUGUGUGAGCCCAACUUGUUUGAACAGAGCAAAAUGGGCACUGCUUAGACAAGAGAGCAAGUUUGCGGAUUGGCAAAGAGUAAGAAUGCAGGAGACUUCAAAAGAGAUACCUGCAGGUUCCUUGCCACGGUCGUUGGAUGUCAUUCUGCGUCAUGAGAUUGUGGAACAGGCCAGAGCUGGUGAUACGGUUAUUUUUACGGGGACGGUAGUUGUUAUACCUGACAUAUCGGCACUGGCAGCACCUGGAGAGAGAGCAGAAUGCCGUCGAGACUCAUCACAGAAAAGCUCCACUGCUGGACAUGAAGGUGUCAAAGGUCUCAAGGCUCUAGGAGUUAGAGAUCUUUCGUAUCGGCUUGCCUUUAUCGCAAACUCAGUGCAGAUUGCUGAUGGUAGUAGGAGCACUGACAUGAGGAACCGCCAAAAUGAUUCUAACGAAGAUGAUCAGCAGCAGUUCACGACAGAGGAGCUAGAUGAAAUUCAGCAGAUGAGAAACACUCCUGAUUACUUCAACAAGUUAGUUGGAAGCAUGGCACCAACCGUCUUUGGUCAUCAAGACAUCAAGCGUGCAGUUCUACUUAUGCUUUUAGGCGGCGUGCAUAAGACAACUCAUGAAGGCAUCAACCUUAGAGGAGACAUCAACGUUUGUAUAGUUGGGGAUCCCAGUUGUGCUAAAUCCCAAUUCCUCAAAUAUACAGCAGGCAUAGUACCAAGAUCUGUGUAUACAUCUGGGAAGUCCUCUUCUGCAGCUGGGCUAACUGCAACUGUGGCUAAAGAACCGGAAACUGGUGAAUUUUGCAUUGAGGCUGGUGCUCUUAUGCUUGCUGACAAUGGAAUAUGUUGCAUUGACGAGUUUGACAAGAUGGAUAUCAAAGAUCAGGUGGCUAUUCACGAAGCGAUGGAGCAGCAAACGAUAAGCAUAACAAAAGCCGGGAUUCAAGCAACCUUGAAUGCAAGGACAUCAAUUCUUGCAGCAGCUAAUCCUGUUGGUGGCCGAUAUGAUAAAUCUAAACCCCUUAAGUAUAACGUCAAUCUUCCACCUGCCAUUCUCUCGAGGUUUGAUCUUGUGUAUGUUAUGAUUGACGACCCUGAUGAGGUAACGGAUUACCACAUUGCUCACCAUAUCGUGCGAGUACACCAGAAGCACGAAGCACUUACAUGGUUUGUAUCCAAAGACAUGAAAAUAAAAUGUUAA